AUGGCGACCCUAACGCGGUGGCGGCGAGGCGGGGGGGGCAGAGGAGGAGGCAUCGGCGGCGCGGGCAACGGGGGUGACGAGGCACAGCCGCAGGCCUUGACGCCUGGAGCGGCGGCGGCGGCAGCGGUGGCGGCAGCGGCGGCGGCAAGAAAGAGGGCGUCGCCGCCGCAAGGGGCGGCGGUGCCGACAGCGGCCGUGUCUGUUGUGCGGAGCCCCGCCGCCCGCCUGCUCCCGAGAAUGAGUUCGUCGGGGACGCUAGGGAGCGGGCUGAGGGGCGGCGUAGGGGUGGACGUGGGCGAGGGGGUGAUCGGGAGGAGCCGGAGGGAGAGCGCCAUCCUCAACGCUCUGGCGAAGGGCUCCUCGCUGCAGGAAGCCGUCCGCGACAAGGGGCUGGGCGGGGGCACGCGGAGCGUCAGCGUGGGGGGAGACCUCUCUUCCCUGUCUGCGUCCUCCAUGAUUGAGGCGGGAGAAGCGGCGGCGGGGGCGGGGGCGAUGGGUUCUGCUGCCGCCGAAUCGGCGGCGGCCGUGAUGGCGGCAGCGGGAGGCUUGAAGAAGAGUCGUACUAGCUCGAUCGACAGGGUCUCCUCUUCCCCUCAGUUACCUCACGGGCCGGACGUGUUGCUCGGCGCCGGUGCUGCGGGUUCACUGCCGAUGGCCGAAGCAGCAGACAGCGGCAGCGUGGCUCAGCCCGGGGGCAUGAGGGUAUCCUCGGCUCCUCAAGUCCCCGCCGCCGCCGCCGCCGGCAGCAGCGCCGGCGGGCUCGGCGGGCUGGUACCGAAGCGCAACCGAAGGCUGGACAUCUCGGGGCAAAACAAGUUUACACCCCGUAAGGACUACCCGCCUUCGUCGAUGCUCUUCCAGGCGAUGCGCACCCACUACGGCAACGACUACAGCUCGAGGGACCUCCCGGACACUCCCGCGGCGUGCUGGGCCUUGGUCGUCAGCGCUCAGGAAGCUCGCAGAGGGACCCGAAAGCUCUCGACGGCAAACUACAUGCAAGAGCAGCCGGCCACCUACGACGCCGAGACGGAAGGCUCCCGGGGGAAGCACGGAGGGGGGAGAGGUGAGGGUGUAGAAGGGGGUGGCGGCGAGCCUCGGGGGAGGGAUCCUUCGGCGGCCUCGUCCGCCGGGAACUGGGACGGAGGCAGCGGCGGCGGCGGCGGCGGCGGCUGGUCUUCCUUCAGCACCACCCCCGCCCCGGCCUCCGCCACGCCUCAGGCAGCAGCAGCAGCAGCAGCAGCAGGGCCUCCCCUCCGGCACGACCGACACAGGGAAGUGUCCGCGGCGUCGUUGGGGUCGGUCUCGUCAGUGGAUGAAGAACGGGGACGAGAAAGAGGAAGAAGCGGAGCGGCUCGGUCUACAAGCGCCGAGAUGGCGCCGGCGCUGGCGCCGACCGUGAGGGAGGAGGCAAGUAUCGCCGGUCCCGAGGAGGUCGGGGGCGGGGCCGCUCGCGCGGCGGACAAGAGCGCUUUGGUAGAACCACAGGGGGCGGCGGCGGCGGCGGCAGCGGCUGCUUCUCGUCAGGCGCCGUCAGCAUCUACUCUUCUUUUUCCCAGGAUGCCGCAGGGGGACGGCGGCGGCAGCGGGGGCGGGGUGGUGAAGACGACGGGGUGGAGCGGGGACGACCCGUACGUGGCCCCUGUCGGAGACCUCCCGGGCCAGCAGAAGGGAUUCGUGGGCGCGGAACCGCGCCAGUGGGAGGCGGGAAAGCGGGCGCACGAGCAGCAGCGGGGGCGGGGGAGAGGAGAAGGAGGAGGAAGCGUCUCCGGAGAUCUCUACCCCGCCGCUGCCCGAGACCUGCUGAUGGCAGGACCUGCCGGAGGAGUCGGGGCCGGGGGAGGGGGGCGGGAGGGGCUGGAGAAGGUCCGCACGAGGAGCCGCUCGCACUCGAUGCACAUGGGGGACAUCGGCGUGAACGGGCUGGACCUUCCGAUCAACACGUUCUCGUGCACGGUGGGCCUCAAGCUGAGCCAGGCGAACUACUACAUCAAGAGCAGCGCGGCGGCGGCAGCGCUUUGCAAGGAGCUGAGCCAGGUGAAGGACAAGGAAGACUACGGGAGCUUCGAGGGGUACGAGGACGGGGCCGGCGUGUACGUGCAGUACGCCGUUGCUAACCAGCAGGGCGCGGCGAAGGCUCCGCCCCACACGUCGUCCGCCUCCAACAUCGCCGACCUCGACAUCGUCAUGGGCUCCCAGUUCCCCGACGGCAACAGCGGAGGCGGCGGCGGAGGCGGCGGCGGCGCCACCGGAGACCGGUUUCAGCCGAUGGGCUACCUGGGCCGUUCGGCGAAGCGGUCGCUGACGCCGAGCAUGAACUACAACCAGUAUACAUAA